GACUUGAAAUGUUUUGGGGAUUCAGUCAUAGUGAGGAGCAGUUAGUGAUCCAGAAGCCUCUGCACCAUGACUAUCUCCGCACUGAGCCACACCAGGCUCUUGGGCAGCAUCUCUGGGCUCCUCCAAGUGGCCUCCCUGCUGGGCCUGCUUCUGCUGCUGUUCAAGGCAGCUCAGUUCUAUCUGCAAAGGCAGUGGCUGCUCAAAGCCUUCCAGCAGUUCCCAUGCCCACCCUCCCACUGGUUCUUUGGGCACAAGGUAAGGAGGAGAAAGAUGGAGAGUGACAAGGAGCUGCAAGAGAUUCUCUCAAGAGUUGAGAAAUUUCCAAGUGCCUCCCCACUGUGGCUCUGGGGGAGUAAAGCCCGUUUCGUGGUUUAUGACCCUGACUAUAUGAAGGUGAUUCUGGGAAGAUCAGACCCAAAAGCUCAUGGUACCUAUAAAUUCUUGGCUCCAUGGAUUGGCUAUGGUUUGCUCCUGCUGAAUGGGCAGCCAUGGUUCCAGCACCGGCGAAUGUUGACUCCAGCUUUCCAUUAUGACAUCCUGAAGCCCUACGUGGGAAUCAUGGUGAACUCUGUCCAAAUGAUGCUGGACAAAUGGGAGAAGCUCAGCAUCUGGGACAAAUCUCUGGAGGUUUUUGAACACAUCUCCUUGAUGACUCUGGACAGCAUCAUGAAAUGUGCCUUCAGUCAACAAGAGGGUAUCCAGGGGGACAGGAAUUCCAAGUCCUACAUCCAGGCUAUUAGGGAUCUGAACAACCUGGUUUUUGCCCGAUUGAGGAAUGUCUUUCACCAGAAUGAUGUCAUCUACAGUAUGACCUCUGAUGGCCGCACAUACCAUCAUGCCUGCCAGCUUGCUCAUGAGCAUACAGACAAGGUGAUCAACCAGAGGAAGGCUCAGCUUCAAGAUGAGGGAGAGCUGGAAAAGGUCAGGAAGAAGAGGCGCUUAGACUUCCUGGACAUCCUACUGUUUUCCAACACAAAGAAUGGAAGCAGCUUGUCUGACAAGGACCUGCGUGCUGAAGUGGACACAUUCAUGUUUGAGGGCCAUGACACCACAGCAAGUGGCAUCUCCUGGAUCUUCUAUGCUCUGGCCAUGCACCCUGAGCACCAGCAGAAAUGCAGGGAGGAGGUCCAGAGCCUCCUAGGAGAUGGAGCCUCUGUCACCUGGGAAAGCCUUGACAAGAUGGCCUACACAACCAUGUGCAUUAAGGAGGCUCUGAGACUCUACCCACCAGUACCCGCUGUGAGCAGAGAGCUGAGCAAACCUGUCACCUUCCCUGACGGGCGCUCCCUACCCAAAGGUGUCACAGUUACACUCUCAUUUUAUUCCCUUCAUCAUAACCCAAAGGUGUGGCCAAAUCCAGAGGUGUUUGACCCUUUGCGGUUUGCCCCAGAUUCUUCCCGGCACAGCCACUCCUUCCUUCCCUUCUCUGGAGGACCAAGGAACUGCAUUGGGAAACAAUUUGCCAUGAAUGAGAUGAAGGUGGCUGUGGCCCUGACGCUGCUCCGCUUUGAGCUGCUGCCAGAUCCCAGCAGAGUCCCCAUUCUCAUGCCGCGACUGGUGUUGAAGUCCAAGAAUGGGAUCCACCUGCAUCUCAGGAAGCGCUGCUAAUCCUGCUGGGGCCAAGAGAAGUUCUGAUAACUUUCUGCCUGCCAUUGUC